CAGCCACAGGUGGAGUCGUGCAGCUCACCUGCCGUUUCAGGAAAUGAAACUUUGAUCCAUUUCUCACGGCAUACCGGGAGCUAUCACGCAGAUAACAACACUAGCAUGGCUGUUUCCCGGAAAUCAUGGCCUAACCUCUUCUGCACCUGCUUAUUACUGUGUGCAACUGAAGCGGCGUCGCAGCAGUUCCAGCUGGAGCCGCCGAGCUCGACAGUGCUACGAGGCUCGGAUGCGCGAUUCAGCGCCACCGUGGAGGGGAAAUGGGAGGUCAUGACCUGGACCCUCCGACGGUUUCUGGUUCUGACUGUCAGUGUAACUGGCAACGUAACCACAUCCUCAGAACAGUUUUCCGCCGCAUUCUGCUCCGGUGGUGACACCGGCUGCGUGGAGUUCACCAUCCGUAACACCACCCGCGGGGACUCCGGGCCGGUCAUCUGCACUGUGCAGGGGGAGUAUGGAUCAAAGACCGCACAGCUUUAUGUUCAAGAGAGUGGAACAGUCAACAUCAUGGGAGGGGACGUGACCGUGGUACAGGACCAGCAGGUGGAGUUGCAGUGUGUAACAACUGCUUGGUUCCCUAUACCUACUGUAACCUGGACCCAAAAUGGUAAAGCUGUAGACAGCAGCCUGUACAACACCACCGACAUGGCAAAUGGGGAUUCCUUUAACACCACCAGUGUCCUCAAGUUGCAGGCAGUCAGCAACACCACAGUGGCAUGUUGGGCAACUGUGCCAGCACUAACAAACCCAACAUCCAGCUCUGUCUUCUUGGUGGUUGUUCCCAAGCCUCCUAACUGGACUGUGCUGAUAGCUGUGGUCGUAGGUUUUGGAGGUUUUGCUCUGCUUGUUUUACUCAUCAUUGGAAUUGUCUUCUGCUACAAACGCAGGAAAGAAAAACAACGCAACUACCAAGAUGAAAUGAGCAGGAGAGUGAAGACACAGAGCCAAAUAAGUGGUGUCAGUGUGGCUGGACAGAGACAGGGCCAAGUGAACGCAGGAUAUGCGCUUGAGGGUCAAACAAGUGUCACUCCCAGUGAACUCACUGAGAGUGGCUUUGGCCAGGCACAUGACUCCAAUAUUUUCAAGAUGCCUGAUGCUGUCAACAGUAACCUGGAAGGAAAUGGCUACAAUAGUGCCUACAACACUUUGGAUGAAUCAGGCUUCAGGAAACACAGACAUGUUACCAUUGUGUAAGGACAGACAGAGGACCACAAACAACAAACUUGCACAGCACCCUGAAGCCUAACUCCCUUGGGCUCUAAAGAUUGGAGAAAGGUGGAAAGAACGACUGAAUCUGUCAAGACCAAAGACCGAUUCACUGGAGUAAUACGUCGAGGCUGUUGGCAGAGGAGACCACCAACAUUUAUGUUAUUCUCUGCUUGUAUAAAAUUGUAUCAGCAGAAAGUAUAUUGAAAACAUGUUUAUAAUGUAAAACAACUGCACAUUGUUUCUGAAUAGAUGUUUUUGCACACCUCUGAAAGUGCUUCUGUUAAGACAUAUUAGCAGUAGCAGCACUAUGACAGGCCAAAUGAGCACACUGAACAAAUUAAUGACAAACAACUGGAGCAGCAUUUGAGGUGGCACCAGCUCAAACUCCUUUGUUUGGUCUCAUAUGGUGGACUAACAGGACAGAGGCUAUAUUUUUUGAACUCUUGUUUAUCUAGCUUAUACUAACCCAUAUAUUUUUAUUGAGGAGUUCUGUAUUCCAAAUUAA